UAAACACUCCACGAUUCAUCUGAGUUUAUUGACACUGAUGACAGUUCAGUGACAGCCAGUUCACUUUCGCCGCAACGCGUACGGGGUACGAAAAAUAGCUGUGAGUGCUAAGAUGGCAUCCUCCAAGCGCAAGCUGAUGCAAGAUGACAAAAGAUUCCUCCUUGAGAAGAUCCAUCGCAUUGAGGAACGACAACACUGGCUGACCAGCAGGAUCCAAGAUAUCUCAGCCUCGACCGUCACUCAAGCUCGGAAACUCCUUGAGGAAACAGACAGGAGAAGGUUCCAGAAGCUUUACAAGCAAGUUAACCUUGCCCUGGAGACUAGCCUGGACACAUUGAGGAAACUCACUGGCGCCUUUCCAUCAUCUGAAAACGACAAUGACGAGAGCGAUUCUAGCUCCAGCACGGAUUGUAACCCAGACUCGGCUUCUUGCAUCAACGACGAUAGCGUCUCAGUCUUCAGUAGCGUCAGCGCCACUACAGUCUCUUCGUGCGGGUCCUUGGCAAGGUCCCAUGUGUCAAAGAGCGAGCGUAAGUCACCUAAAGAUUCACCCCACCAGCCACCAAAAAGUCGAAUUCAGACUGGAUGCCUCACUGAACCUGAGCAAGGUCAGAGAUGUGGUCCUACCUCCUCUGGUUCCUCCAUCACAGAAGGAUGUCGCAACACAGACUUUAAGACACAGAAUGUCCAGGACAGCUCCAAGAUGGUCAAACUGGAUCAGAAAGGAAUGCCCCCUGGAUUCCAUGCACAGGAGAACGCUCCAGCAAGAACUGACGAAAAAGCAGAAGGAUGCAAACCUGUGCCAGAAGGACCAAACACAAAUGAGUUGAAAGGCAGCCAGGACGUUGACAAGAAGGCUCUGCCGCAGGGUUCAGGGGAUGCUAGCUCAGUGAACAGUAGACAGACACAUCAUAGACCAGCCCUAUGUACAGCUCCCGCAAGCACCACUCAGCCAGUCCAGGCAACCCUCAAUCAACCCAACCCUCCACCCACCCGGUCCCACCCUCUUCCUUACCAUCACAUCUCCAACGAGAAACAGUCAGCAGUCAUUAGGCCGAUGGAGAAUACCAGCAUCUCUCAAGUUGAGGUGGUGGUCAGUGAGGUCAAGACUCCGGCAGUCUUUUGGAUACAGCUGGCCGACUCGCCGCUGGACACCUUUGCUCAAAAACUCAACCUAGUUUACAGCAAUUUCCAGAACAUUCCAAUCCCGGCCCCUGAAAUUGGCACCUUCUGCUGUGCGUGUUUCACUGAAGACAACAGCUGGUAUCGUGCUCGUGUUGUAGGCAUUCAGGACCACGCAUCGGGUCAGCCACUCAACCUGGACAACCCGGCAGGCAUCAUCGUGGAUGUUAUUUACGUGGAUUACGGCAACCGAGAGAAACUGAACCUGACUAGGGUGCGGGUGAUUAAUCCUGCCUUCACCAAGCUCCCGGCUCAGUCUUUCUGUUGCUCCAUGGCCAAGAUCAAACCGCCAAUCCUCUCCAGUGGCUGGGCCAAGGAGCAGGUGGAUUUCUUCAAGUCCUUGCUCCUGGGUAAGAAGGUCAUAGCAUCGGUCAAGGUAGCCAAGGGGCACUCCAUUCCCUCGCUGGACAUAUCCGCACCUGUCAUGGUCGGCAGUGGUGGUGACCAUCACAUUAUUCAGGUUGAUGUUGCAAAGGCCAUGGUGGAGAGACAAAUGGCCCAGUACCUACCCGGCUAUGGCCCCCCUGAUGAGGACCCUCUAAACCCUGCGCAGUCAGUUGGUAAACAACCCAAGACCUCAGGUUGCAAUGCAAGCCAGGGCAGCGGGACCUCCAGGAAACCAGACAAGAAUGAGAGCAGGUGUGGUUCUGUAGAGACUAAAGAAAGCAGGGAGGUGUCUGAUGAUAAAAGCGACACGUGUACCUCAAAGGAAUCUCUGGAUUCAAAACAGCCGAUGAACAAAACUGCCAAGCCACCAAAUCAGAAACAGGGAGAAUAUAACCAGUCUACCAACUCCAGCAGACUGAAAACGCAAACAGGAAAUUCUUCUGGAUAUUCAGAGUUUGAAGAUGAUAAAAACAACCCCUUCCCCAGAUCCAGACAUCAGUCGAACCCAUCGUGGAGACAAGCAAAGCAGUCAGAGAGCCAGUCUGGAAGCAGGCCCCAGCAGCAUCACAGUCAGUCCACUGAACCAAGCAGAAGUCACGUCAACCAAGAUACAACUAGGCAAACAUCACCAGGCCAAGACAGCAAGCCUCAAGAGUGCAACUCUGCAAAGAUGUCACCACCGCACUCAAGAGGGAAUCCUCCAAACCAGGUCCAGCCCGGACGCUCUAGGAAACACGGCUCCUGGGCAGGACGGGGAAAUAGGAUGAACAACUCCAGACAAGCCGCUGCGCCCCACAAUCCACGGAAGGUAGAUCAACAGGUUCAUCAAGAGAGCUGGCAAACAGAUUCAGACAGAGGAGUUGGGUCAACACAUCCUCAGAAAACAAGGGAGGCAGGCAGUGUGGGCUCCAGAUCAACAGAGAAACACAGCAAUUGCAGUGAUGAUACCUGGUCUGUGGGGAAAUCAGCAAAACAGGGGAAUGAGAAGCUGCAAGGGUGUAAGGGUGCUUCUCAUCGAGAGGAAUCAAGCAACUAUCCAGAGGAGAUUGGGCUCGGUAGGAUCAGUCCCAACUCAUCCAGCGGUGUUUCCAGCUGCAAUUCUGGACCGAGUGAUGCGAGCAGCAUCCAGCAGAACACAGCCAGGUCCGGCAGACAGAAUAAGGAUAAAUAUUGCCAGAGUAUCCAGGAGCAGAGCAGAAAAGAUGCAAUGGAAGGCAAUCUCAAAGACAUGCUCGGCCUACACCGUGAAGAGACAGAGAGUGAGAACUUCAAGAAAACUGCCAUAGGCUACCUAUCACAAAAAGCAAAACCAGAUACAGCAGGAGGUCUUAAUAAACCACUAAGUGCUUCCUCAAGGAACCUGUCAUCAAGCACCAGCUCUUUUGUCACUGCAGUCACAGAACUGGACACCGAGGUGUUCCAAUCGGAUAGCUCCUCACUCCAUUGUGGAAACACAAACUCUGGAGCAUCGUCACAUGGUUCUUCAAGCAGAUGUGUUAAAACAAAGACAAAGGACCAUGUCAAGUCGCCCUCCACUCUCCCCCUACAGGUUGGCCGAAGAGAGAGUCUUCCAACACAGAAUGGCUGCGUCAGACUGGCCAUGUCUCACAUCGUCAGUCCUCAAGAGUUCUACAUCCACUUGAUCAACUCUGAUGCUGACAAACUGGAUGUCUUGGCUAAGGAUCUCAACAAGUUGUAUAAUGGUAAAGAGGCUAACCACUUGACAGAAGAGCCCCUUUUGGAGCUUGACAAGUACUGUGCGGCCAAGUACAGCGAAGAUGGGACCUGGUAUCGGGCCAAGAUCCUGGAUAUCAAGGAAGGGAACACUGACUGUUCUAAGGGAAGCUCGGAGAGUGCUACUGGCGGGCUGAUGGUCAAAGUCACGUACAUUGACUUUGGGAACCAGGAGUGGUUGGCAGCGGACACUCUAAAACCACUACGGCCCGAGUUUCAUGAACUACCAGGACAGGUCAUCAAGUGUUGCCUGGCACACAUUGAACCUCCCAAGAAAGAAGAAAGCUGGGAGAACGAUGCGGAAAAGCCAAAAGGGAAAGCCCAGGAUGACAAAAUCGGAGUUGGAGGUUGGUUGGACGAGACAAUCCAAGAGUUUGCCAGGAUGACCGGCUACAGCAAGAUGCUUCUGGGUAGAGUCUCCAAGGAGUACAAACCAGACAGUGAUGAGCCGCUGCAGAUGAUCCUCCUGGAUCCCUCCAGCCCUUGGGAGAUUUGCAUCAACCAGGAAUUGGUCAACCGUGGACUGGCUGCCUCGUCCAGAUUUGUCCCGGCCCUACCAAAUGAAGACACUAGCCAACCCAACGAGGUCACCAGACGUCAGCUACUCAUGGCCUCUGAGCGAUGGUCACUGCAGAAGCAUACCGCAGGUGGCUAUGACCCCGUACCUGAGCUGUCAAGCGAAGGUCAUGUGAAGGUCAAAGGUCAGGAGGUCAUGAGGAGAGAUCAGUGGGAUCCGAUGCUGUCAGAUUACAAGUCUGCCCGCAACAGCUACAACAUUGACACGGACGACCCGGGGGUCGCGACCGUUGGAUACAAGGCUGAAUCGACUCGCCAGGUGUGCAGAUUCUAUUCAUCAGGCAGAGUGUGUUACCGUGGCAAGCAGUGUCCCUACGAUCACGUCAGACAAGGCGAGAGACCACACGAAUCCAUGGGUGUUUUCUUCUUAAACAACAAAGUGGCGCUGCCUCUGGAGGGCAGCGUGGUGGCGCUGGAAGUCACAGCCCUCUACAGCGCGUUUCAUUUCUGGGCUCAAUUACCGUUCAGUGCGAGACCGUUGGACAGUCUGCAACAACAGGGAACGCCCUUGAGAGGCGAGGACGACGACGAAGAAACUCUGGAAAUGCUGGAAAACGCGAUGAACCAACUGUACUCAGCCUUGAAGCCCCACCUAGCCACCAGUCUACCCCUGAGGGCGCCAGGGGAGAUGGUCUGUUGCCACUGCCCCAGGGAUCAACGCUACUGCCGAGCAAAAGUCAUCGACGUUAACCCUGACCAAGACGCCAUACAGGUUUUCUACGUUGACUACGGCAAUUCGGAAUGGGUGCCAGCAUCCGAUGUUUACGACAUUGAGCAACAAUUCUUACACCUUCCUCUUCAAGCUGUCGAGUGUUAUCUAGUCGGGGCUAAGCCAUUGGAAUGCAACGCAGAGGCUGGGGCUAGACUGGACGAAGAGGCUAGGAAAUGUUUUGAGGAUAUGGUUUCCGACAAGACGCUGGUAGCCAUCAUCAUUUACGUAGCAAAUAAUGGCACCCUGGAUGUUGAGCUGUACGACACUAACGGGAAAUCGGAUGUCUGUAUCAGUGAGGCUCUGAUUGAGAAUGGACUGGCUGUACGGGAGGGACCAACGACCAAUCAGGUCAAGUCUGCUGAAGGGAGGGGUUCCCUCAAGCUAAGUGAAGGGGAUACGACCAGCGACUCAGAAGCCACUUCUGAACCUUACACUACUACACCGGGUUAAGAAAGCCGGUAGUUGUUUGUUUUCCUUCUGCGUUUUACCCUUGCUUCAUACUUGCGUUCCAGAAUCGUGCCGAACCAAAUAGUAUUAGGAUCAGCUCAGGUGGACCCAAAGAGAAUUUGCUUUCAGACAAGAGAUCUUUAUGUACAGGGUGAGUAAAAAAAAACGAAACCUUAAUGUCAGGCCUAUUGUUUUAGUAAAGUUCUGCAGCACU